AACAUUGACAGUGAUCGCUGCACGUUGUACGACAGUGUUAUUGAUUGUCUACUUUUCGUAAAUAUUUCGAAUAUUUUAUUUAAAACAAAUUAAACUUCACUGACUUUUAGAAACUAUAAAGUAUAUAAGUUCCUUGGAAACAGUUUCGACAGUUUGUAUCUUUGUGUUUUAUCAAAAUGUCUGAUGCAAUAGAUGAAUACUUUGAUGAGGCUUUAGCCAUCGUCAAAGCCGCCGGAAACCUUAUAACAGAACAUGUUAGCGGGUGUAAAGCCUUCGAAUACAAGUCAUGCGAUAUCGACUUAGUGACAGAAGUGGACAAGAAAGUGGAAGAGACGCUCAUAGGUGGAUUGUCGAAAAAGUUUCCUGAACACAAGUUUAUAGGAGAAGAGUCGACCGCCGAUGGUGCGAAAUGUGUAUUGACUGAUGACCCGACUUGGGUCAUUGAUCCUGUAGAUGGCACACUCAAUUUCGUUCAUGGAUUUCCUCAUAGUUGCAUUUCUCUUGGACUUGUUAUAAAUAAAGAAUCUGUGGCCGGCAUAAUAUAUAAUCCAUUGAUAGGACAAUUGUUCACUGCUAAAAAAGGUCAAGGCGCCUUUUAUAAUGGUAGGCAAAUCCACGUGUCCAAAGUGAAAGAGUUGAAAAAAGCACUGAUUGCAUUUGAGGCUGGUACAAGUCGUGAUGAAGAAAAAUGUAGGGUUGUAUUUGAGAACUUUAAGAUGGUAGUUAAUAAAGGUCACGGUGUGAGGUCACUGGGUUCUGCAGCAUUGAACAUGGCUAUGGUGGCUAUGGGCGGUGCGGAUGCAAAUUUUGAGUUUGGUAUACAUGCAUGGGAUGUUGCAGCUGGAGACAUAAUUGUUAGGGAAGCCGGCGGAGUAUGUAUAGAUCCAUCUGGGGGGCCUUUUGAUAUAUUGUCAAGGAGGGUUCUGUGUGCUAGUUCCAAAGAGCUUGCACAGGAAAUAGUAAAGGAACUUGCACAAUAUUAUCCAGAACGGGACUAAAUGAGAAUUGUCACUAUUGUAACUCACAAAGUGAUGGUUGAUGCAAUAUUAUUAUGUCAACUUAAUGAUAUCACUUAUGGUUACAUAAAAAUAAAACGGAUUAGAUUUUACGUAGUGUUUGAAUCUGAAAUGAGUUCAUUAAAUUAUUUAUAUAAUAUUUACCUCCAUUAAGUUAUGAAAAUUUUAUUCUGUGUUAAUUGGUAUAGAAAAAGCCAAAGAAAUUAUAAUAUUAUAUUUUAAAAUGUUAAAUGCUUUAGUAGCAUUCAGAAUUAUACAUAAUUUAUGUAUUCAUUUACAUGCAUUUGCAUAGUUUGGUUUAUAUUAUAGUAUGACAAAUAUACAUUUUAAUAAUAACAGUGAGAUACUACAUACAAAUCUUAGGUUUAGUUUAGAAAUAAAACAAAGUAGAAUGUCACAAUGUCAUUUCUUUUUACAGUACACUGUUCUAAUUUGAGUAUUAAUAAAAUAUAUGUGAAUGAGCUGAUUAUAAUCUGAUAUAAUUACACCAUACCCU